AUGAGGUAUAUCUACUGGCCGCCACCAUCCGGCGCGGCAGCUCCAAGCGUGGCUGGCGGUCUCGUGACCAACCCUGGGAACUGCCCGUUUAACCAUGGUGUCCGCCCGGGGUGGCUUGCUCUCAAACCGUCCACUGGGCAUGGGCCGGUCUUGCCAAACGGAAGUGCGGGUUGGCACAAUGGCCUCAUAAGUCCUUCGCCUGCGCGGCCAUACAGACGAACAUCAACCACCGCUGAGCCAGCUCUGGAGCAGUGUUCUGGAGGUACUUCUAGAGUACCGCGACAUCAUCGGCUCCACUUCGGCCCAUCAACAUCAUGGGAUCUGCCGGCUUAG